UGGGAGGAAGUGGAACCACAGAGCGAGCAGCGCCGCGGUGCUAGCGAAACACACAGAAAAAAUAUAUCGAAGCGGGACUUCAACUAAGCUCUAAUGUGCCAUAUCGGAGCUGGAAAACCAACAGCUUAAUCGAGAGGAGCGGGCGGUAUCGGCUGGCGGCGGACGGACACUUGGUUUAGCUACUUAGCUACUGAACUAGCCGAGAGCGGGCUCCCCGAGCGCGGAUAGCCCGGCAGGCAGGAGCCGUUUGGGGCAGGCGGAGCGCGACGACCCGCUCGGCUCCCCUCGAUUUAUUCGAGACAUCGACCUCUUCUGCGGUCGAUUUACGAGAGAAGCCCACCAGCGCAGUGCCGUGUGAGGUAUUUUAAAAUUAGUUCGGGUUGGUCGAAAUUGUUGCCCGCCCUCCUCCCCCCCCGUUGCCUUUUUUUAUCAGCUAACCGCAGUUUCAAAGUUAUCGUUUAAACAAGCAAACUACCGCUGGCCAGACGAUUUUACAUCUCCCAGCGCUCCCUCCCCUCCUCCACCAGCCCACAGUCUGUAGCUCUGUGCUGGGUCUCCAGGCGAGGAGGGUCCCCCCCCCCCAAAGCUCGGGGUAACUCAACAAGCAGCUAUGGAUUAUUUUGUGCGAUUUUGCCUUUGUUUUUGAAGCCAUUGGACUCUCGGAAGACUGUUUUUUUUUUGUUGUUGUUGUCGGAAACGCUGCAAGACUUCCCCAAUACUCGCAGCCGUUAGCUUCGCGUUAUUAAGUACAUCUCUGUCUGAAACCGAGCCAGUGCUAACUUACUGUUAGUCCGCCAGCUAGAGACUCCGUUUGCCUCUGGCAACGAGGGCAUUUUUUUACGUAUCUAAUUAACUGAAAUAAUCCGAACUAGAUGUAUAGAUUGAUUAAUCACUCCAUACCUUAUUCGAUAGUUAGCCUACUGGCUAGCAGGUUUCAUUUUGCUAGCUAGCGCGGUGGCUAACUAGCAGACGAACCCAAAUAUCGAAAUCGCCCGGAGGCUAAAACAAGUUAGCUUUCGGCGGAUUUGGCUUGUGAUUUAGUUGAUAACACCCUCUUGCUUGGACUGGAUUUUGGUGCUAAACCUGUUAGGGUGUUUAAACACAUCUUUUCGGGCGACAUUUUUUUUUUUUUUUUUUUGUGGUAGUUGAGCCGUUGGGGAGCAUUUCAGUUAUAACACAGGAAGCCAGCCAGCAACGACGACGACGACGGCAACAUAAACAACCGCGGUGUGUCGAUUUUAAUGGAGUCCUGGCUCGUCUUUAACCUGAGCUCGUGUGGUUUUAUUUGUGCCAACGCGCGUCUGAGAGGCUCGUAUUCGCGGUGCAGCAGGCGGGACAUUAAGGACGACGAACUAGCAUCCCGAUGAGACACAUUUCAACCUGCCGCCGCCGCCGCGUGUCCUCCCUCCCGAGUCUCCCUUUUUUCGGUCUGAGACGAAGACAACCGACUGCACGUGCCCCUGUUUUAUUCCGGUGAGGCUGUCAAAGCAAAGAAAGGUGCACAGUCACAUUUUCACCGUGCAGCCACUCCGCUAAAUUAGCACCUUUUUAUUAUUAUUAUUUUCUCGACAGCACAGUGUUUACAUUUUAAGGACCCCCCCCCCAUCUGAAACACAUGCAGCACUGGAGACAAACCAGUCGUUUUGGACACGUUUCCGUCAAGAGGACCAGGAAAGUCCCCCAGAGGACCUGUAGGAUUCUGACAGCUGUCCCCAGAUCCAGCAUCUGGUGCAUCUAACCUAUCUGUGUGAGACAUAUCGCAUUGCUGUAAAGCGAGGAAGUGCCGGCCUCAAAACCAGAUCUCAUCAGUCCUUUCCUCACAAACACGCCCGAGAGAAACCUGCGUUUUGUUGUUGCACUAAAUGGGAUUACAAGGGCGGUGAGCUAGCGGCCCCAGUGACUGUGUGUUUCUCCGGUAACCUGUCACCCAAUGUCUUCCCUCCUGAAUUUCCCCCUUUCCGCCGCGCUGAUGGCAGUUUGAGGCGAAGUGAACAGACUGCAGCCGGAGACAACGACACCGUUCCGGUCGCUGGUCAGCCCCGCCGCCCGCUCAGCCGGCCCCCGUCACGCACCUCGGCGCUUGAUGUUGCUCGUAUCUGGUGGAGGACGCUGUUUUUUUUAAAAAAUCCCUAAAAGCAAAACCCAUCCCCAGUCCGGUUAUUAUUAUUAUUAUUAUUUUUUUUUUAUUGAUUUGGUCGUCCCAGGGUCGAAAGAUGGCGGACCUUGAAGCAGUACUCGCCGAUGUCAGUUAUUUGAUGGCGAUGGAGAAGAGCAAAUCUACUCCAGCGGCCCGGGCGAGUAAGAAAAUCAUCCUGCCUGAGCCCAGUAUUCGCAGUGUGAUGCAGAAGUACCUCGAGGAGAGAGAUGAACUGACAUUUGACAAAAUUUUCAACCAGAAAAUUGGCUUCCUAUUGUUCAAGGACUUCUGUAUGAAUGAGAUCGACGAGGCCGUGCCACAGCUCAAGUUCUACGAAGAAAUUAAGGACUACGAGAAGCUGGACUCUGAGGAGGAGAGGUUGAGCCGCAGCCGGCAGAUUUACGACGGCUACAUCAUGAAGGAGCUUCUGUCCUGUUCACACCCAUUUUCUAAGAAAGCAGUGGACCAUGUGCAGAGUCACUUAGCAAAGAAACUGGUUCCCCCAACUCUCUUCCAGCCAUACAUAGUGGAGAUCUGUGACAGCUUGAGAGGGAAGAUCUUCCAGAAGUUCAUUGAGAGUGACAAAUUCACUCGUUUCUGCCAGUGGAAGAACGUGGAGCUCAACAUCCACCUGACCAUGAACGACUUCAGCGUGCAUCGGAUCAUCGGCAGGGGCGGCUUCGGAGAGGUGUACGGCUGCAGGAAGGCCGACACAGGGAAGAUGUAUGCCAUGAAGUGUUUGGACAAGAAGAGGAUCAAGAUGAAGCAGGGGGAGACUCUAGCGCUAAAUGAAAGAAUCAUGCUGUCAUUAGUCAGCACAGGGGACUGCCCAUUCAUCGUGUGUAUGACGUACGCCUUCCACACCCCCGACAAGCUCUGCUUCAUCCUGGACCUCAUGAACGGGGGCGACCUGCACUACCACCUGUCUCAGCACGGCGUGUUCAGCGAGAAGGAGAUGCGUUUCUAUGCGGCUGAAAUCAUCCUGGGCCUGGAGCACAUGCACAACCGCUUCGUCGUCUACAGAGACCUCAAGCCAGCUAAUAUCCUGUUGGAUGAACACGGCCACGUUCGUAUCUCCGACCUCGGCCUGGCCUGCGAUUUCUCCAAGAAGAAACCCCACGCCAGCGUGGGCACUCAUGGUUACAUGGCUCCGGAAGUUCUUCAGAAGGGGACGGCGUACGACAGCAGCGCCGACUGGUUCUCCUUAGGCUGCAUGCUCUUCAAACUCCUCCGAGGGCACAGUCCCUUCAGACAGCACAAGACCAAAGACAAACAUGAGAUCGACCGCAUGACGCUCACCAUGAAUGUGGAGCUACCAGACUCUUUCACCGCAGAGCUCAAAGAUCUGCUGGAGGUGCUGCAGAGAGAUGUAUCCAAGAGGCUCGGCUGUCAGGGCCGAGGAGCCCCAGAGGUGAAGGAACACCAGUUUUUCAAAGGCAUUGACUGGCAGCAGGUGUACCUCCAGAAGUACUCUCCCCCGUUAAUUCCUCCCAGGGGAGAGGUGAACGCUGCAGAUGCUUUCGACAUAGGCUCUUUUGAUGAGGAGGACACCAAGGGCAUCAAGUUGCUGGACAGUGACCAGGAGCUGUACAAGAACUUUCCUCUGGUCAUAUCAGAGCGCUGGCAGCAGGAAGUGGCAGAGACGGUCUACGAGGCGGUCAACUCGGACACCGACAAGAACGAGGCUCGCAAGAGGGCUAAGAACAAGCAGCUCGGCCACGAGGAGGACUACGCCUUCGGAAAGGACUGUAUAAUGCACGGCUACAUGUUGAAGCUGGGGAACCCGUUCCUGACCCAGUGGCAGCGCAGAUACUUCUAUCUUUUCCCCAACCGUGUGGAGUGGAGGGGAGAGGGCGAGUCACGGCAAAACCUGCUGACGAUGGAGCAGAUUGUGACGGUGGAAGAAACGCAGAUCAAAGACAAGAAGUGUAUCCUGCUGCGCAUCAAAGGAGGGAAGCAGUUUGUGCUGCAGUGUGAGAGCGAUCCGGAGUUCGUGCAGUGGAAGAAAGAGCUGACCGAAGCGUUCACAGAAGCCCAGAAGCUGCUGCGUCGGGCCCCCAAAGUCAUCGGGAAAGGCCGGGCUGGAGUGGUGGAGCUCUCCAAACCUCCCCUCACACACCGCAAUAGCAAUGGCCUGUGAAUACACACACACACACAUACAUAUAUAUAUACACACACACACACACACACACACACACACACACACACACACACACUGACUGCAUCCCCCCCCCCCAUCAGUCACAGGACAUUUGCCCUGACACCCUCCCACCGCCCACGACGCCUUGCAGUGUGUGUACGGACCAUGCCCACCAGCCUCUUACCCCCACCCACACACACACACACACACACACACACACACUCAAUAUGACGACCAAUCAUAAGCGUGAUAUAGUUUUUGUCUGCCAUGGGACGUUGCCAGUUGCCAGAAACAUUCAGGAGGACUCAGCAUGUGAAGAACCUCUGCAUGAAUGUGACGAGGACGGACGCCCGGUCCUCUCUUGUCCUCCCUGUCUUUCUCUUUUUCUCUGUCUUCCCCUGUCCCCCCCUCCUCCUGUACCCCCGCCACCUCGCCCUGUUUGAAUCAGGUGAAUCUGAAGGGGUCCUCUCUUUUGGAUCUCUGUGAACCAGCACCCACGGGGGCCUGACAGAAUCCUCCACAAGCCCUCGCAGAGCUAAAGAUCCAACCAGCCUUACUGUUGGCCAGCUGAGAGGCAUCUCUCGCUCGCUCUCGGAGGCGAUGCAGAGGAGACCAGGCUUUAGCGAGGAAUGCAUUUCUGCGAGAGGAAAAACACAAAACAAAGAAGGCUGCUCGACUGGUUCUCCUCCCUCCCUCCCUCCUCCCUCCCUCCCUCCUCCAACCACUCCUCCCUCCGUUACUGAAGUGCGUAAAGUGCCAACAUCAAUAUUUACUUGAGUCACCUGAGCACCCAGGAGGACCCGCUUGGUGGCAGAUAUCGCCCCCGGAUACACAAAGGCGGAGGGCGUUUGCGGGGUGGGGUUAGUUGAUCAUUCCAAUGCAGAAAACAGGAAGUACAAGGACCGCAGACUCUUUCAGAUUGGCUCUUGUACAGCCAGUUACCAUAGAGACUGAGAUUCCAUUGGCUGACAAACAGCAGCCGGUGCUAUGGGAACCAUGAAGACUGGUAUACCUGGGGAUCGGUAACCACGGACAACGGUGUAACUGUUGUGUAUGAAGGCUACACUUGCAGCAGAUGGCAGAGGAGGGUGAGGAAGUGACUCUGAGUGUAUAUAAGCAACCCUUCUGUGCAUCUCCAGUGUUUUAGUCCAACGUGUUUGCAUUAUCGGGGAAUUCUCUAUCUGCCUGUUCGUGAAUCUGUCCUGGCUUUUGGGGGGGGAGGGAAGAAGAAGAGGAGGGGGAGGGUGGGUGGACAGGCAGGAGUCUGACAGCUUUCAGUCACUCGCAGCGCUGCAUUACCUCACUUUGACUGUGUCCGUUUGAAUACGUGGAGGCGAGAGCCUCCUUAAGGGCCAAAUGUCGCUCUGUGUGUGUUCUUAUGUUUGUGUAAGACAGACGUGUAGAAAGACGCGCGUCAUCGUCUCGCAGCUUUUGGAAACGAGCAAGUUCAUCGUCCCCGCUCGCACACAUUCAUCCUCGUCGGUUUACGGUUUCAGUCAGUCGGCUGUGAGUGUGGACGGUGCGAGUGCGGGGAGGGGAAGGAAGACGACGAGCUGAAGCUAAUUAAAGGAAAAAUCCACCCUCAAAUACACCAAACAGAAGCUGUCAUGGAUGCGUUUUUAUAGAUCAUCUCUGACGUUCGAGGUAUUUCAGAGUUUUUUUGUUAUGAAGGGUUGAAAUGUUUCAGUUUUUUCUGCCUCAUCUUCACGUAGUUCUGUACUGGUUGAGUUGGCCUGCAUUUUCCAGAAUGCCCUUGGACAGCCUGUUGCAGGUAGUAAGAGCAGUGGGGGGAAAAUAGCAAAGAACACAAAUGAUAAAGGAGUUUUUCCUGGAAAAAACAAGUAAGUUGCUGCUCUUAUUCGAAAUGCAGCAUCACGCAGAGCAAGCGAGCAGUGAAGUCAAAUAAAGCUGAAACCUGCAGCUUCAUAGCACAAAUAUUUCAUAAAACCGCAAAGUCUGAACAUCAGCAAUUUCAGAAUCACUUUGUCUGGUAUGUAAAAAUAUUGUCACCGCCAUCUUAGUGUUUAAAUAACAUCCAUCAGUUCAGGCCGACACACGUGUCGCUCAGCUGCCAGGACUGUGGGAGCGUGUCGGACUAAAAAUAUUGGAACUUCUGUAUUACAGCUGUUAGAAUUCGAACCCUUCGUGCUUUUAAUAAAGUUGAACAAUUUAAUUUGUUAGCAUGCAAAAAAGCACAGCUCCCAUGAAGUGUUACCACCGUGCAAGUGUACGCUUCUGUAACGGCCACGAUCUCUCCCAGCGUCACGUCUCCGCCGCCCAGAGCUCGCCGCUCGGCCGGCCUCGGUCUGCGCAGCCGGCGGCGUUUAGCGCACAUCCUGCGCUUAAUCAAAGGUCAGUAAAACAGAACUAUUGAACCAGAUUACAAUCCCCGUCUACACAUGUGGCGAGGACUGCGCGCCAUGCUUUCGAGUAAGGUUAUGUUCCGAGGCUAGAUUUUUAGUCAUUUGUGUUAUUAAUGCGAUUUUAAAUAAUCUGAUGCUGCGUUCGUGACAUCUCAGAUUUAUCGUAAUUACCAAAUUUCAGACCUCUAAACAGCGCCAACACCCGAAUCGUAAUUUGCGACAGAGAAACUCAGAUUUUAGUUGACGUCGCAGUGAAGCGGCAGUUUGUCUUCUGUAACGUGGCGCGUGUCAGAGCGAGAGAUUUGAUUGGACUACUCGAAAGUGGGCGUGGCCUCCACUCACCUCCCCCCCACCCACCUGUGUUGCUGGAUCCGGAGGACGGAGGAAAAACAAAUAAAUGAAACCCCAGUCACGCUCUUUGGAAAUGUAAACCAAGCUUUUGCUGACUGAAAUCACACACACACACACUUCGUGCUCUGCUAGCUGCCCGCCAGCUAACGGCGGGGUGGGUUCAUGUGAUGGUUAGCUAGCGCCCCAAAUCACACCUGAUUGGAUAAAUUAAUGUAAACGCCCCCCAGUUCAUCAAAAAUAUGUUACAGGAUGAGAAAAAAGACAUUUUGAUGUAAAAGGAUUUUUGAAAUAAACAGUAUAACAAGAGAUAACCGAACAAUUAGCACAGGGACGCUGUCUUUACGGCUCCGAUACGUCUACUGUGACACGUGGAAGUACCUAAAGCCACACAGGGCGGGGCCCGGCUGCAGUCCGUCAGUCAGGCUGAUUAAAACAGAGCGUAAUUAACAUGGUGCUACGUUAUCAGUCCACAGUAUUUUUAUCCCGCACAGCCGAUGCACACAGGAUCAAAAGAAGUUAUUAUAAACGUGGCGGCUGACGAACGUUCACACGACCAACACUCACGCGGCUCUGCCGUCCUUCCCGCGUGAUUCCGAGCCUGAGUGCGAGGUUUCGCUCCGGCUCAUCCCGGCAGAUUUUGGCGGCUCUGGACAGAAGCUCCUGCUCUUUGACUCUAAAACAACGCGUAGCCGCUCUCACCGUGACGGCGGUAUGCUGGCGUGAUGUCACACAGCGAUGAGAACAACAUGCAUCGGCAGUGUCUGUUUAUUCAAAGUGUUUCAGGGUGGAGUUUUCCUCAAAGUCACUCUCUUUUUCCUAAACGUGGCACAGUUCAGGUGAGGUGAAACGUUUUUCCGGGGGCUUUUUACGGUUUGCGGCGGCGGCGCGAAACUCGUCGAAGUUUGUACUUGUUUAACCGAAGGGCAGAAACGCACCCGGUCGUGGUGUUAAAGAACACGCGGCAGAGGAGCCGGAGGAACCGAUUUAUUGUUGGAUGCAUUCAUUAAUUUCAGGGUUUUAUUUCUCAUGCAGUACAGUGUCUCGUCUGUGACGUCCAUGCGUUUCCAGAGCUGUGAUGUGACCUACAGUAGGAGAAGGGUUGAUCGGGGUGCGUUGUGAUUAUUUUCUUUGUUUGUAGCCUUUACCAGUCAGGGGGAGAUAUUAUCGUCUUAUAGAGAAAUGUUGUCACCUCUCGAGGUGUCUUUUAUUUUUGUAAACCAAAAUGGUUUUUAUUGUUUUCAUUGAAAUUUAUGUUGUUGCACCUUUUUAGCCCAAUGUGUUACUUAAUAGUUGUUAAAUGUGCCAAAUAACUGUUGCUGAUUGAGUGGAACCAAUGGGAAGCCUCCUUUUUCCUGAACUCGUGACCCUUCUCACCGCGGACUCGGCAGCAGCCAGAAUCAAAACCCACACACACACACACACACACACACACACACACACACUCGAGUUCACACACACGAACUUUGUGGUGGAGGUUUUGGUGGAGUCUUUGAAGGGUUCAAAACUGUGACCAAACGAAGAGAUGUGUGUGUGUGUGUGUGUGUGUGUGUGUGUGUGUGUGCGUGUGUGCGGCCCACCAUCCAGCUCUACCUUCGACACGUAGCUAAAAGUGUUCUUUCCCUCUCUCUGUGUGUGUGUGUGUGUGUGUGUGUGUGUGUAUGUCGUGUGAGUGCGUGAGCAUACGUGCGCUUUUAUUAUCGCUUUGUAUGUUUCAUGCGGUGGACUUUGUAUUUUUAUUUCUUUGUUCACACACAGACGUCUCUGCUCGAACACACGCUCAACACAAGACAAUUUAAAAAGGAUGGCAUAUAGGAAAAAAAAUUCAAAGUAUAUAUAAAUAUAUGUGUAUAUGAAAUGACAAAAUGCUCUAGGUUUAUUUAAAAGAUUUAAUGUAGAAAACAAAAUGAAAUUGUUCGGGGAGGUCGGGGGUUUUGAUGUGAGUAUAAUUGUUUUGUGGUGAAGACUUCAGCUCAAAUCUUGCACAUAAAGACUUUAGAUAUUGUACCUGCAAGUUCCAGAUGAUUAUUUUUGUUUGAAUACAGGACUCUUUGCUCUUUCAUAUUUAUUGCGUGUGUGGGGAGCUCUCUCGCUCCGCCUCUCCUCCACGCGUCCGAGCCUCAGCCGAGCGCUCGCUGUAGAAGACCCUCCGGUUUACACCCAUCAGACUCCAUCUUUGUUUGUUUUUUGUUUUUCAUAUGCCACAGACAAACACAAAUACUACUGGCUUUGGAUUAUUAUCGCCAUUGAGGUUAUGAUAAUACUGAUAUAUAAUUGAUAAUAUUAUUCAAUGAUUAUUAUUAAAUUUAUUCUAUUUCAAUGAUUUGUUUUGUUUUGGAGACAGGUAGGAAGUUGCGUGUUGGACUGCUUGUAAAAACAGUUCAUGAAUAAAAAUCCUUUUUCCGUGUU